AACUGCUGUUUCAUUUGUUAUUUUUUAAUGAUAAUACAGCUACGGUAAAGUAAGAAAUUCUCUACGAAACGCUUUCACCUCAAAAACUCUUCAAUUGCUUACUGAAAGGAUUUCGGUUGCUACGUGUUGCCUCGGAACAAAAACGCUCAAAUGCAGAACUGUGUGCCAAUAUCAGGGCUUAAUGUCAACAUCACGCAUGCGAAAGUGGUUGGAGUGAUUAUAGGAAAGACUGAUUCAAGAGGAUUUCCUGACAGAAAAAAUGUUGGCUCUGAAAGGUUCACCUUCAGUUUCACCCUAAAAGACUCACCAACUGAUUUUAUCAAUGUGUCUGCAUGGGGAACUGAGGAAUACAUUCAUGGACUGAGCAGUCACUUUCAAAUUGGGGAUUGUGUUGUAAUUGAAAACCCCCUUGUUGUGACGAAAGACUAUGAAAAAGAAGAAAGAUUUUGUCCUUCAACACCCAGUGUUUACAGGCUGUUGGUAACACAGACUCACUCAGCCAUUAAGAUAUGCUCAGAUUUAGAAACGGAGAACAGGAUUCUGCCAUUGUACCACAUGCUAAUUAAAGACCCAGGAGACUUCUAUUCAUUGAGAGACAUUACUGCAAAUGGAAAAAGCCUGGAUGGAAACAUUCUUAACAUUCUAGCAGCUGUUCAAUCGGUGGGAGAGGAGAAAUUCUUCACAAAAUCAGAUGGACGCAAAGGACAGAGGCAAGAAAUAAGGCUGUUUGAUGAGACUGUGAAAUCAUUUCCUUUAGUGUGUUGGGAUAAAGAGACAAUUCAUCUGGUACGAACACAAACACAGAGAGGAACAGUGCUGUUCAUUGCGGAUGCUCGUGUCACCUUUGACAGUUUUCGCAGAUCUAUGAUAGCAACAGUGACCUCAAAAACAAUCAUUACCAUCCAUCCUGAUACAGCAGAGGCCAACCAACUGUACUCAUGUGUAAUGAGAUUGUUAGAAAAUGGCGAUCUGGACCAAGAGGUUCUCCCAGGCGAAAGUAUGCAGUUGGAUUCCAUCAGUGAUGUGCUGACUGUGACCCAACUCAAAGCCAGGUGUCGAGGAGAAGCUGAUGCUUUUCAUUGCAUCACAUAUGGGUUCAUUACAACUCUUGAACUAGAUUGCUCUAUCUCCAAAGUCAUACGCAACAGAUGUGCCAAAUGCAAGGUUGAAAUCAACGAGGAAAGUCAGACUUGUUCCAAUGCUGCCUGUCCAAGUCAGGGACAACAGACGCACAUCACUUCAAGCUUUCACCUGCUGGUAGAUAUCAGCGAUCACACUGGGACAUUAAAGUCAUGCAACCUGGCAGGCACAGUCGCUGAGAAAACCCUGGGUUGCACAACAGAAGAGUUUAUGUAUCUGUCAGAGUCUCAAAGGACAGCUAUGAAGUGGACCUUUCUUAUUGAGAAAUGCAAAAUUUAUCUACAGAUUCUUCCUUCUCCUAAAAACAUAAGUGGAAUGAGGGCAAGCAUUUUGUCAUGUGCACUCGCUGACCCUGUGGAAGUUAAGCAAAACCUUGCACUGUUACUGGUUUAAGGCUGUGUUGCAACACAGCAACCAAACGAAUGAAAUACAUUAAUUGUUAUGUUCUGUGGUUAUAAUUUGUGUUAAUAAUAUUUAUUUUUGAUUAAAAUGGAAAACAUUUGUUUUAUUUAUUAAUAUUCAUAUAAUUAUAUUUUUUGACGUUUCGUUUUAUAUUGUAAGGAUACUUGGCUUGCAUUUGGCUUUUGUAAACUAAUUCAUUUUUGAUGUAUUGACGUAUAAUUUCUUU